AUGAUUGAGUUAGUCAAGGUGGUGAUUGCUUUAAUUGCGGGAUUGGGAUUGUAUGCAUUGUUGCCGGUGGUAUUUCCCCCGUUUGGCUUUCCCAAGAACAUCCCAACAAUCCCAUUUUAUGUGUCUUUUGUCAGUUCGUGGACUAAUCUUGAUCAAAAGGAUAUCUACAAUAGGUACUUGCGAGAAAAGUUGCAGAAACAUGGUGCUGUUAAGAUUUACUUUGCCUCCAGAUGGAACAUUUUGGUUUCAAGACCCGAGUAUUUGGUGCAAGUAUUCCAAAAAGAAGACAUUUAUGCCAAAAGUGGAAACCACUUGAAGAUUCCUGGUUCAGUCUUGGCCACCUAUACAGGUGAUAACGUCAUCUCGGCACAUGGAUCUGUUUGGAAACUAUAUCGCGAGGUGUUAUCACUGAGCAUCCAAUUUCCCGAUAUAAGCACAAUACACCAAAAUACUGAAAAGUUCUUGGACUUGCUAGAAAAAGAGUUGUUGACUAAAUCGUCAAUUUCAGUCAACGACCUCCUUCAAAGAUAUUCCUUGGCUAAUGUUGGUGAUGCGAUUUUGGGGGUUGAUUUUGAGGCAUUGGAUGACAAGGAAUCUACAAUGCACCAGAAAAUCAAAUAUAUCAAACUGCAAAUUUUCAAGCCAUUUUUUAUGAAUUUUCCCUAUGUUGAAAAUUUUGGCAUCCCUAGUCGAGUCAAAGCUAAGCGAGAAGUUGAAGGUUUCAGGAAUUGGUUUGGUCAAAAUCUAUUGUCAAAAUAUGAUCCAGAAAGGGAAAAUAGUGCAGCUACAAAGAUGGCCCAAGCAUUGUACAGUGAAAAGUUGACACAAAAGCAAUUUUUGGAUAAUGCAAUUAUAAUAAUGGUUGCUGGACACGAAAACCCCCUUUUGCUAAUGCUUUCCUUGUUGUAUGUCCUUGCAAAAUAUCCAGAGGUGCAGGAAUCAGUUCGCGAGGAAACGGAUCCCGAAAAGCCGUUCUUGACCGCUGUGAUCUACGAAACCUUGAGAUUGUACCCGCCGUUGGGUCAAAUAAUCAACCGUUGCACGACGACGCUGGUUUGGUUGGACAAGAUCUACAUCCCCAAGGGUGUUUACGUUGGGUAUAAUAACAUGGCUACAGGAAGGGAUAGAUCUGUUUGGGGCGCUGAUGCAGACCACUUUCGACCCAGCAGAUGGGGGGUGACUCUAGCUGAAAUAAACUCGCUUUACUCACUGUGCAAGAGAUCUGCCAAAUUGCCUGCAUUCCAUGGACGCAAGCGUGCGUGUUUAGGGGAAAGAUUUGCAUUGCAUGAGUCCAAAUGUCUCAUCACUUCAAUUCUAGGAAAAUAUAGAGUAUGUCUAGAUGACAGUUGGAGGGAAAGAAUUACCCCUGCAGGACCUAUCAGUCCCCAUGCAGAUUGGCAAAACAUUUACAUCAUGGAAGACAGAGGUGCACAUGAAACAGAUGAGGUUAUCUCCUUGAAUAAUGAAGACGAUAAAUCAACGUCCAUUGUUGAGCAAGAGAACUCGAAGCCAGAAGAUGAGCCUUAUUGUUCGCUCUCUUUUAAACGAAAGGUGAUUAUAAUUGUCAUUGUUACUGUCACUGGCUGCUUGGGUCCAAUGUCAGGUAACAUUUACGUUCCCGUUUUGCCUCAAUUACAAGAAGCGUUUCACGUAUCAAGAGCCACAAUGAAUGGAACAAUAGCUGUUUUCAUGGCGGUUUUUGCCUUUGCUCCACUAAUUUGGGCUUCGUGGGCAGAUUACGGGGGAAGAAAGACGUUGUAUCUCGUACCACUUCUUUUCUUCAUUCUUGCAAACGUUUUACUAGCAACAGUUCCGGCAAAUAUUGGUGCCCUUUAUGUGCUUCGCAUCUUGCAAGCAUUUGGUGCAAGUAGUGUGAUGUCUGUUGGAGCCGGCACUAUUGCAGAUAUAAUUGAGCCAAAAGAUAGAGCCAAAGCCAUUUCGAUUUUUAUGUGGGGUCCACAAUUGGGCCCCGUGGCUGGUCCACUUUUGUCAAUGGUAUCAGCAGCAUCAUGGAGAUGGAUUUUUGGUCUUUUGGCAAUUUUUGGUUUUGUUGUGUAUCUUGCUAUACUCUUUUUCCUUCCGGAAACAUUGCGUUACUUGGUUGGUAAUUGCUCUUGCUACCUGGAUCAGAUCUUUGUCAAGCCCAAAUUGUUUCAGAAAAUAUUGGUGGAGGGAUACCCACGUCCACCGAAGCCAAGCUUUAAAAAUUAUUAUCAGUUGUUGAAGUACAAACCGGUGCUUUUGUGUUCCAUUAACUCCGGUAUGCUUUUUGCUAGCUUUUAUGGGGUAAUGGUUACAUUUGCUCAUGUCUUGAAGGACAAUUAUUCUUUCAACAAUAUACAAACAAGUAUCAGCUUUCUUUGUCCAGGAGGCGCUUUGAUUAUUGGUCUGACAAUUGGUGGUUGGCUAUCAGACAAGGUGCGUGAAAGGAUAAUUGCGCGAAACGAUGAUUAUGUUCCAGAAAACCGGUUUUCAAUCCAGAUAGCAGGCUUGAUUGUAUCCAUGGCUGGGUUAAUUGGCUAUGCUUGGACAGUUGAGAAGCACGCAGCAGUCUGGUCAAUCUUUAUCUUUACCUUUUUAACUGGUUUUGGAAUGACUUGGGUGUUGGUAGCAACGACAACGUACUUGACAGAAUGUCUGAUUGCACAACCUAGUGCAAACGUGGCUAUUGGAAACUUGAUGAGAAAUCUUUCCGCUGCGGUAUGCACUGCUAUCAUUGAUAUCUUGGUCAAAAAGAUGGGGUUUGGUUGGUGCAUGACUGGGCUAGGACUUUUGAAUCUUAUCGGAAUAGGAUUUGUGGUUAUUUUAUUGAAAAAGGGUCCCCAGUGGAGGAAAAAAACAUUUUAA